UGCCGGAAGCCGGCGCGAUGAAGGCGGUGCUCCGGCUGCCACGUUGAAGCGGAACGUGGAGGAGCCGCGGCUGCUGCGAAACGCCGAGGAGGACUUGGAGGAGGAAGGCGGCGGCGGCGGCGGCGGCGGCGGCGGAGCCUGAAGAGGGGCCCCAGCGGCGCUCCUCUCCGAGCAGCAGGAUGAAACUGAAAGAGGUAGACCGUACUGCCAUGCAGGCUUGGAGCCCUUCUCAACAUCAUCCCAUUUACUUGGCUACAGGUACCUCUGCUCAGCAGUUGGAUGCCACUUUCAGUACCAAUGCUUCCCUAGAAAUAUUUGAACUUGAUUUGACGGACCCAGCACUGGAUUUGAAGUCCUGUGCCACUUUCUCUUCCCCUCAUAGGGCCUCUGCGAGCCCCAGUGGUCGUGCUACCGUGUGGGAUCUCAGGAAAAACGAACCUAUCAUCAAAGUCAGCGACCACAGCAAUCGGAUGCAUUGCUCAGGGCUGGAGUGGCAUCCUGAGGUGGCUACGCAAAUGGUUCUGGCAUCAGAAGACGACCGGCUACCCGUAAUCCAGAUAUGGGACCUGAGAUUUGCAUCUUCUCCUCUUCGCGUUCUUGAAAACCAUGCAAGAGGUAUUUUGACAAUUGCUUGGAGCAUGGCAGAUCCUGAACUACUGCUGAGCUGUGGCAAAGAUUCUAAAAUCCUUUGUUCCAAUCCAAACACAGGAGAGGUGUUGUAUGAGCUUCCUACCUCUACCCAGUGGUGCUUCGAUGUGCAGUGGUGUCCCAGGAACCCUGCCCUUCUCUCUGCUGCUUCUUUCGAUGGGAAAAUCAGUGUUUACUCGAUCAUGGGAGGAAGCACGGAUAGCCUGCGACAAAAACAAGCAGACAAGCUCUCCUCAUCUUUUGGCAAUCUGGAUCCCUUCGGAACAGGGCAUCCCCUUCCUCCAUUGCACCUCCCUCAACAGACCACCCCACAGAGCACAGUUCUUCCUCUGAAGAAGCCACCCAAGUGGAUUCGUCGACCGGUGGGAGCCUCUUUUUCCUUUGGAGGGAGGCUGGUCACUUUUGAGAACAACAAGACUCAACAGCAAGGAGAACAUCCCCAACAGCUGUACCACGUCUACGUUAGUCAAGUUGUCACCGAGAAGGAAUUCUUGAACCGGUCCAACCAGCUGCAGGAAGCGGUUCAGGCCGAAGCCUUCUCCAGCUACUGUCAGAAGAAAAUCGAUGUAGCCAAAAACGACUUCGAGAGGAACGUGUGGUCAUUCCUCAAGGUGCAUUUUGAAGAAGACUCUCGUGGCAAAUAUCUGGAACUCUUGGGGUACAAAAAAGAUGGCCUGGGACAGAAGAUUACUUCAACUCUUGCUAAGGAGAGUCCUCAGGGCAGAGAUCAAGAUGAGGCUCACGAGGAAGCUGACAUGCUUGCACAGCCUGAUGGUGGAGAGGGUCUUGCCGCUAAGGAGCAGCUGUUUGCAGAGAGUAAAAACACUGAGUUUGAUUCACUGCAACCCAUCAAUGAAACCUUUAACAUUUCUGUCACCGGAGACAUCGAUGGUUUGAUCACUCAGGCUUUGCUGACGGGGAACUUUGAAAGUGCCGUUGACCUUUGCCUGCACGACAAUCGCAUGGCUGACGCCAUUAUCCUUGCCAUAGCUGGUGGCCAAGAACUGUUGUCCAAGACGCAGAAGAAGUAUUUUGCAAAAACAAGAGGCAAAAUCACCAGGCUCAUCACUGCUGUUGUGACCAAGAACUGGAAGGAGAUUGUCCAGUCAUGUGAUUUGCAAAACUGGAAAGAGGCCUUGGCAGCUGUGCUGACUUACGCGAGGCUGGAUGAAUUUGCAGUUCUUUGUGAUUUGUUGGGCUCGAGACUUGAAAACGAAGGGGACAGCGUUUUGCAAACGCAGGCUUGCCUGUGCUUCAUUUGUGCCGGAAAUGUGGAGAAGUUGGUUUCCUGUUGGACUAAAGCCCAGGAUGGAAACAAUCCACUGUCUCUUCAGGAUCUCAUUGAAAAAGUGGUCAUUCUGCGUAAAGCUGUCCAACAGACCCAGGUGAUGGAUGCCAACGCUGUCGGGGUCCUUCUGCCCAACAUCGUGGUGCUAAGGGACAGGAUCUGCAAAGCGCAGGGGGAGCUUUCCGGGGGCUCAGAGGCACCCCCAGCACCCUACGAGAGGCAACCAGCAGCCAAGGGGAGGAGCGGCCCUGCUGCUGGUCAAAUGCCGCAAAACCCAACUCCGCAAUAUUAUCAGCAGGUUAGAAUUGCCCCUACCGUUACUACCUGGAGUAACAAAAACCCCACUGCCCUUCCCAGCUUUCCUGCAGCCUCUCCCUCUGAGACACAGAGAGAGAACCCACCUCCUCCUCCAGGGUUUAUUAUGCAAAAGGACAUGAACCCCCACAUGCCACCGCAUCAGCCUGCCCAUCCCGAUUACAAUAUGUACACAAGACAACCAUGCCCACAACCUUGUCAGCCACCCCAACCGUAUUCUUUUCGACCGUCACACUAUCAGCCGCAACAGCCUCCUCUUGCUCCUCCUACUUCGACCGCUUACCCUACCUCUAACCCGCCUUACAUGCCCUCUAACCCUGCCGGUGCCAUGCCUCCCCCCUUAUACUCCUCCCAGCCGCAGGCCUCUCCAACCAGCUUGAAUCCAAGUCCUUCUCUUCCUCCUCCCCCUGCCUCCUUCCAGCAUGGCCGGCCAGGAGCUCCACCAUCUUCUCUGCCGUCGUAUGCAUUGCCUCCUGGACCAACAGGUACAGAGACCGCGACCAGUGAGUUGGCUGCUUCCCAAAGAACAGAAUAUCAUUAUUUACAAGACCAAGCCAGUUUCCUGCAAGGUCCCCAGAAUGGCUGGAACGACCCCCCUGCUCUGAGCAGAGCUGGAAAGAAGAAAAAGGUGCCUGAUACCUUCCUGCCUCCUGUUCCCAUCACGGCCCCCAUCAUGACUCCUUUGUCAGACCCACAAGCUCAGCUGCAGCAGCCUCCCACUUCGGCCCCGCCUCUGACUCAGGUCCCCUUCCAGCCCUCCCACCUGCCUCCGGGCCAGCCAGGGUUACAGAACCCCUUCCAGAACGUUGCAGCGCCAGGGGUCCAGACAAUCAUGACUCCCGCCGUAUCGGCAUCUAGCAUGGAAGGAGCACCAGGAGCUCCGAUAGGAAACACAGUGCAGCACAUGCAAUCCCUGCCCACGGAGAAGAUCACAAAAAAGCCCAUUCCUGAGGAACAUCUUAUCCUAAAGUCCACUUUUGAAGCUUUGAUCCAGAGGUGUCUCUCUUCAGCUACAGAUCCGCAAACCAAGAGGAAAUUAGACGAUGCCAACAAACGCCUGGAGUUACUGUAUGAUAAGCUUAGAGAUCAGACGCUCUCUCCAAUGAUAAUCAAUGGUUUGCACAACAUUGCCAGGAGCAUUGAAACCCGGAACUACACCGAGGGGCUGAACAUCCACACCCACAUCGUCAGCACAAGCAACUUCAGCGAAAUAUCAGCGUUUAUGCCGGUGCUGAAAGUCGUCCUCACUCAAGCCAACAAGCUUGGCGUCUAAAGCGGGCUUGGGUGGAAAGUCCUGGAGCUGUGGAAGGGUGCAUGACGUGUUCCACAUUCUGUCCCUUAGAGCAUGAUGUGGCAGAGAGAGCAGGUCACGGCUGUAUCCCUGCCAGAGGAGCUUCAUUUUAGAAGGGCUCAUGAGCCCUGGUGCUUAUUCCUUUCUCUCUUCUUUUAUUACUCCUACCUACAGAUACUGUAUUUAAUUAUGCCACCCCCUCCAUAUCGUCCAUUUUAAAUGCAUGGUCUCUGCUGCUUUGAAAGUGGCUUUUAAAUACUGAAAGACAGAGGAUGAGGCAGCCGUCAUCAGAAAAAAAAUUCCUUCCACAAGUCUCAUUAUCAACCUAUUAAAAGUUCCAGAUUCUA